GCUGGCUGUCCAGUUUCUGUCCACUUCAUGUGGUGCUCCAGGUCACCAUGGGCAAAACCCACCAGAAAGACCAAAAAUACAGUAAUAAGGAGAAAUCGGGGAGGAAUAAUGAGGAUUCACAUCCUUCACAAAAGCUCACCGAGCCGUUCAGCUGGGAAAUGUACUUGAGAGAGACUUCAUCCUGUCCUGCUUCCCCCAGCUGUUUCAGACAGUCCAGAGUCCCUCCUUGUAAUGAUUUUAAAGUGGGAAUGAAAGUGGAGGCGUGUGACCCGAGGAAUUCCACCUCAAUGUGUAUCGCCACAGUGAUGGGAUUAAUGGGUGUGCGUCUGCGGCUCAGACUGGAUGGCAGUGACAGCACCAAUGAUUUCUGGCGACUGGUUGACUCCUCUGACAUUCAGCCUAUCGGCACGUGUGAGAAGAGCGGAGAUAUGUUACAGCCACCACUGGGGUUCAGAAUGAAUGCCUCUUCAUGGCCCACGUUCUUAUUAAAAACAUUAAGUGGGGCAGAGAUGGCUCCAGCUUCAGCCUUUAAAAAGGAGCCGCCCAAACCUACUCAGAACUUCUUUAAACCUGGUUUGAAACUGGAAGCGGUGGACCGAAAGAAUCCCUACCUCAUCUGUCCCGCUACCAUCAGAGAGAUGAGAGGGGAAAAGAUAUUCAUCAUGUUUGAUGGCUGGAGAGGAGCGUUCGAUUACUGGUGUCAGUAUGACUCCAGGGACAUCUUCCCCGUGGGCUGGUGUCAACUGACCAACCACAGUCUGCAACCUCCCGGCAACUGCUUCACAUUUUCAAAGACUUUUACUCCGGCACUGGGCCAGUCCAGUCAGUCUUGGCGCUCCAUGCAGUCCCCGUACCACCUGCCGCACCCCCUGCCCCCUCUGCCAGUGCGCAAGGGGGUACGAGGGAGGAGACCCAAGAGCCAGACCAUCGCCAUGCUAAAAGCAGCAGCCGAGGCAGCAGCAGCUGCAGCCAGCACGUCACCGAAUGGCCAAGCGCAGUCCAAUGCAGCCAAGAGUCCCAUGAGCUCACCGCUCACACCCAAACCAUAUAAAAAGAGGGGACCCAAACCCGGCAGCAAGAGGAAACAAAAGGUUCCUCAUUCACUUUCAAGCCCCACGUUGUCGUCCUCAGUGUCAGAUGGGAGACUGUCUAGUCUGCAGACAACAAGAGAAUCAGGAGUUGUGUCCACAGUUUGUGUGUAUGUGAAUAAACAUGGAAACCCAGGGCCACGCCUGGACCGUAAACUGUUAUUGCAGCUGCCAGAUCAUUUCGGACCGGGUCCCGUGAACACGGUCCUCCAGCAUGCGGUCCAAGCCUGCGUGGACUGUGCAUUUCAGCCCAAAGCUCUGUUCAGCUUCCUGCAGUCUCAGUCUGAUGGAGGGGAAAUCAUCAGAGUUCGCUCAGAAGGAGGAAUCCACUAUGUCAAGCUCCCCACUGCCUCCAGUGCAUCGUUCGUUCUGCGCUUUCUAGAAACUCUUUGUCACCACCUGCAUUGUGAUAACCUGUUCAGCAGCCAGCCAUUCAGUCCGCUAACUACUAACACACACAAGCCGUAUGAAAGGAGUAAAUCAGUGAAAGAGGAGACGUCAGAAGCUUUGUCUGUAGCACGAGGUACGAGACGUUUCAACAGAGAUUCAGCGGCCUACACCGCUGCCCUGUCACCAAAACUACAGAGAACAGAAGCUCUGCCCUCAGACGAAACCAUCGCCCAUGUUGAAAAUGGUGCCACCACAGACCAGCAGUUCACAGAAGAGUCAAUAGACUCGGCCUCCAAUUCUGUUGCCCCCCGACCCCCCGCACUAAGGAGCACGUCUGAGUAUCACACCCUGGCCGGAAGCAGCCCGCACUACCCCCCUCACCCCCCACCCCUCCGCCGACUCUCCUCUAACCCCUCUGAGCUGGGACCUGCACGCACACACAGACGAGUGGAAGGUAGGCUAUCUGCUAGCUCAACCACUGGGCCUGAUCAUCGAGCAACAGAGAAGGAUCCGACCAAAACGUCUAGUAAAAGUCCAUCAUCCUGGAGUAUAGAGGAAGUGAUGCAAUUUGUGCGUGAUGCUGAUCCACAAGCACUGGGCCCACAUGCAGAGCUAUUCAGGAAACACGAGAUUGAUGGCAAGGCCUUGAUGCUUUUACGGAGUGACAUGAUCAUGAAGUACAUGGGGCUGAAACUGGGUCCUGCUCUUAAACUUUGCCAUCACAUUGAGAGACUCAAACAGGCAAAAUAGUAGCUGGAUCCACUAGAGGGCAAAGGAGGAAAACGCAGGUUCUCUACAUUUCAGAGUCAAACCACAGACUUCACUCAAGAUACAUGGAUAUUUAUUAUGUGUGACAUUGAUGGUCAGAGGUCCAACAUAUUGACCUACUUCAGCUGUACUCAUUCCUGCUGGUUCAAAUGGUGGGGGAAAAAACUGACCAGCCAAAUAUUUUCAUUUUUGUGGCAAAUGCAAAAAUUAACAGCACCAGAUUGACUUUUCAAAAUGACCUAACUUUGCAUGGACAUUGUAUACAACCAUUGUGUACAAGAAUGUUCACUGGCUCUCAUCUAGGGAAAAAAAUUCAGUGUAAAACUGCAGCUACAGACCUCAGUACCUCAGCGAUACGAUG